CAAGACAUUAAAAUAAUUAUACUGACGCAGACAUACCCUUCAUUUAUUUGAAUUGAAAAGGAAUAUGUGUAGAGCAAAAUUAUUUACGUCUUUUGAUAGUAUACACAUAGUGAUUCACUGCACGAUUUUUUCUCUGCACAAACAUAGGGCGGGCGAAAUGAACAUUAUGAAGUCUUGUGCAGUUUAGUAUAUAUAGAUUAAAAACGUGAUAGUUUUGCAAACGUUUGAACAAUGGUGAUUUGUGGUUCCCAAAUAAAUAGAUCUUAUUUCGUUGCUGUAGACACCAGGUUUGGACAUGGGAACGUUACGUACUUUACUUAUUUCAGUGAAUUUAACAGACCAUGGAGAGGGGCAGCCUAUAUUGAAGCCGCUGUAAUGACUACAUUGUUCGUUUUGUCUGGAAUUGGAAACUUCUUUAUUUUAGGAAUCAUGUUUAAGACGAAAAGUUCCAGAAACAUCACGAACUAUUUUGUUUGUAACCUUGCGAUCGGAGACAUUUUGUUUGCGACCGCUGCACCGUUUGUUGCUUACGUCAGAAUCACUGGCACGUGGCGUCUUGGAGACGGGAUGUGCCAUCUGUUAACUUAUGGGAUGUUCGUCUGUGCCAUAGCUAUGAUAUGGACAAUGGCGGUAAUUAGUAUAGACAGGUACUUGUGUAUCAACAGGGGAUUGGUAAAUAGAGUGCGAACAGUACAUGUUGUUUCAAUAUGCCUUUGUAUUUGGAUAAUAAGUGCCUGUUGUUUUCUUCCUUUAGCGGUGUUCUUUCAUGUUAAAGAAAUUGAAGUUGCAGACGACAUCAUAUCAAUAUGUACAUUGCUAUGGCCUAAAGGAAGAAUUCGUUAUUCCGCUCUCUUUAUGGCUAUGCUAUUUGUGUUUGCUUUCUUAUUGCCAAUGACAAUUAUAACAUUCGACUAUUACAAAAUUUUCAGAAAGUUUUGGUCUUCUAAGCGAGCCGUAGGAGCACUGAGUCAUAUUCAGUCAAGAAGUCAAAGAGCAGCUAUUUCAAGACGAAAUAAGGACAUCAAAAUGGUUAAAACGCUUAUUCUUCUAGUGUUCGUCUUUGUCAUUAUGUGGCUGCCGCUGUUUGUUGUUUUAAGCCUAUUACAUCACGAUGUCUCGUAUACGCAUAACACUUUACCGUCUUACGGACUAACCUGGACUUUGAUAGUAGCAUAUAUGAAUCCAUGCGUUAAUCCGUUCUUAUACGGUUUCAUUAAUCUUGAAGUAUGUCAGAAUGUGCUGUUUUGUUGCAGUCAGUGUCAAAAUUCGUCAGAGGAAUUGCUUGCCAGUAAUACUAACCUGAAUGACAAAAAUAACACCACGCGUCCAUAGUUUUGACCUUAUAAGCAGCAACUAUCAGUGUUACAGCAUUGCCCUGUAAAAUACUGUGUUUUUGCUCCAAGCGAGAGUUUGUCUAACGCAGACACAAGAUGUACAUGUCAGUUGUUCUGUUGGAGAUAUCUUUUUGUUAACGACACGCGAUUGCUUACCUAGCGCUGACUGUUGACCGCUAGAUGAACAUGUUGCCUGGUGUUCUGGUCAAGAUAUCCUAGCUGCACGUGAUUGCUUAUACCUAGCGCAAACAUUGGGUAUCUGACUGCUGACCGUGAAAUGUAUGUCAGCUGCAUUUGAUUUCUUGUCGUAAGCAGUAUGUGUCAUUCUCAAGAUGUAUGCACCCCGAAUUUUAUUCAAGGAAGGCUAGCUUCACGUGACUUGUUACAUAUUGUAAAACGUCGUUGCAAGAUGUACGGACCUAACAGGGCGGGUGCAGUAAGGCCUAUCACGUAACCCCAACCCAUACACAUUUUUGGUCCCAAAUUGUUUGGUAGGGUCAAAUGAAAAUGGGCAAAAAUGUUCUUUAAAAUUAGUUUGUACUAUAUGCAUUUUCAUUGUUUCCGUGGCAACCGUUCUUUUCAGGAAAUAAGAUAAAACAUGUAUACUAGUAGGUGAUCAUUUUGCCUAAUAAAUAUGAGUAUGCAAAUUAGUUUUUAAGCCUAAGAACGGUGAAUUAAAGGUCAGUGUCUCAACUCCAUUUUUUUGUGUCAUUUGAUCUACAGAACUGACUAAGAAAUUGUUGAAUUAUCACUCGUGUUUUUAUUCCUAAAAAAAGUUUGCCAUGGAAAC